AUGCUUGGAUCCCGAUCAUUGGCCACCCCUGCACGCCAGUGCCUGCGCCAGGCCAGACAGCAGCAGUUUACCAGACUUUCCUUCGCUCGCUCCUACGCCGUCGCCUCGGACGAUAGAGUCGCCAAGUUCAAGGGUACCAAGGGCAACGACGGCAAGUACACCGUCUCGCUCAUCGAGGGUGACGGUAUCGGCCCCGAGAUCUCCCAGUCGGUCAAGGACAUUUUCGAGGCCGCCAACGUCCCCAUCAAGUGGGAGCCCGUCGAUGUCACCNCCCGCCUGAAGGACGGCAAGACCGUCAUCCCCGACGAGACCAUCGAGUCCAUCUCGCGCAACUACGUUGCCCUUAAGGGUCCCCUCGCCGUACGUCCACAAAUCACAACCGUCCGCCCGCGCAACCCCCGCCAGCUCCUCUCUCAUUCUCUCUGCAUGCGCUCCUCCGCUAACACUCCCAUUCUAGNNACCCCCGUUGGCAAGGGUCACGUCUCGCUCAACCUGACUCUCCGUCGUACCUUCAACCUCUUCGCCAACGUCCGUCCCUGCAAGUCCAUCCAGGGCUACAAGACCCCCUACGAUGGCGUUGACACCGUCCUCAUCCGUGAGAACACCGAGGGAGAAUACUCUGGCAUCGAGCACGUCGUUGUCGACGGUGUUGUCCAGUCCAUCAAGCUCAUCACCCGCCAGGCUUCCGAGCGUGUCCUGCGCUUCGCUUUCCAGUACGCCCAGGAGGUUGGCAAGAACAAGGUCCGCGCCGUCCACAAGGCCACCAUUAUGAAGAUGUCCGACGGUCUCUUCCUCAACACCGCCCGCGAGCUCUCCAAGGAGUUCCCCGCCGUCGAGUUCGAUGCCGAGCUUCUCGACAACACCUGCCUCAAGGUCGUCACUGACCCCACUCCUUACAACGACAAGGUCCUGGUUAUGCCCAACCUUUACGGUGACAUUCUCUCCGACAUGUGCGCUGGUUUGAUCGGUGGUCUUGGUCUUACCNCCUCGGGUAACAUUGGUGACGAGUGCUCCAUCUUCGAGGCCGUCCACGGUUCCGCUCCCGACAUUGCUGGCAAGGGCCUUGCCAACCCUACCGCUCUUCUCCUUUCGUCCAUCAUGAUGCUGCAACACAUGGGUCUCCACACCGAGGCCAACAGAAUCCAGAAGGCCAUCUUCGAUGUUCUUGCCGAGGGCAAGGUAUGUCUUUUCUCUGCUUUCUACUAUCACAACAUAAUACUAACUCUGUUUUCUAGANCCAUCACCGGUGACCUCGGUGGUUCGGCCAAGACCCACGAGUACGCCGCCGCCGUUAUCCAGAAGCUCGCUUAG